UUGUCGCUUAACAGCCGACCAUUUACGUAGAAUGCAAAUUCAACAAAUUAAUGUUCAUCACGUUAAAGUUUUCGACAGACUCGUUUCCGUAAAUAAAGGAACUACGGGUCCCGGGGUAGGACAGUAUCACCGUCGUAAUGUGUCUCGCCAACAGUGCCAGGUUCAUCACAACUGUUCCGUUUACCAAAUCGAAAAAAAGGGGGAAAAGAAAAAAGAAUUAGACGUUGCUUCGAAUGAAAGGCGGACGAUACGAUGCGUUUCCUAUUUGCACUUUGGAUAAUUUUACGAUGAAUGUGUGUUCGGCAUUCUGGCAUUUGAACACUUCCGGCUUUUCACGCGGUCAUUUUUCCCCACAAGUAACGACGCCUUUAAGUUUGAAUUUAGGAGUGACACCCAAGUCGGUGAUUGGUUGACAUGCCGGAUGUUCCGACCCUCCCUCCAGCUCCGCUGCGUCGCACAGACAAAGGCCUUGUUGACUCGCGCGCAGACGCCAUGAUGGUUCUCGACUGAAAGCUGUCGUCGUUACCGGUUUUCUCACUCACCCUGGAAAGCGACAGUUUUCUACGAUGUCGUUGAUUGAUUUCCAGACCAAAUAUUCCUCCUUUGUGGAGGGAAUGGUUCGGAGUGCCAUCAACGAGACCACGAAACUUUUCGAAACUGUCAUCGACGAGCUCAAGGAAGAACUAUCAAAGGUCAAGAAAGAAAAUGAGGAGCUAAAAACACAAUGCAGCCUAUUCGAAGUGGAAAACAAGCGCCUCAGCAGAAGGGCCGAAACGGAAUCUGCAUUUGUCCAAACAACCGGCGUCGAAUCAUGUGACGAGGCCAUUCAAUGUGAUCUUGUUUGUGUCCCUGCUUCAAACGUGAAGCAACCACCACCUUCAACUUUGAACCAACAGCAGCAAAACUGUGGCAGUGCACUAGUGUCUCCAAUUCGACAACACCAACCAUGUCGAGAGGAGGAAACUCAGAUGACAGAAACGUUUGUCAUAAAAGAGGAGGAGAGUGACCCUGUUUUAGUCAGCAAGCACCUGAUAAGGGAUACAGCAGACAAUGUUCCCAUCUACGUCUUGUCUGUGGAGCACUGCCAGCCUCUCACCAAAUCUAUCCAAACCCGCGAGCCGGUUUGUUCUGAAGAGGCCAUGUUCUUCCUGCAGGACCACCAGUACUGUGGAGUAACACAUCCUUCAUUGAAAACUGUCAAACAAGAGGAGGAAGACUGGCACUGCUCAUCAGUGGAACAGGAAAGUGAUGAUGAUGCAGCUGCUGCUUCUGACCAAGAGUGUCUCCAUCUUAAAGACAACACAGCCUUGUCCAAGCUUGAGUCGACCGAUAUUCAGGAGAAACGUGUUGAAGCUGAAUCACAGAUGGACCCCAAUGGACCCCGAGUUGUUUCUGUCGAGUCACUAAGCCACACGUAUUCCUCUGUUAAAAGAAAAUUGAAUGAUACCAAACAGCAUGUUAAGCCAGCUAAUGGAAGAAUAUCACCUUCCAUUACAGUGGAAACUCAAGGAGAAACAUCCAUUCCACUGGUUGAACACAACACUGUCCCUCUUCAGGACGCCAUGCUGCUUGUUGAAGCCAUGAAUCAGCAGUUGAUAAACAAGCUGUCUUCACCAACUAAAGCAGUUGAAUCGAGAGUAGUUCAGUCUACUGCUAACAUUAACUCCCAAAAUGCAAAGGAACUGCUAGCUGUUGGCCCAGGUGAGGCUCCUAAAAUAUCUCAGAAGAACGUUGUCAAGUCAGACAAGGUACGACCUGUGAUUUUAAGUGUUGAACCGAUCUCUCAGAACAUAAGUAAGUUAAACGAUAACACCAACCCUUCCAUGCUGAGGUGUGAUGCUGCUGCACAUGAGGCAGAAGCAAAUGCUGAGCCUCUUCAAAAAGAACCUGCUGUUUCAGACAAGCCACUGACGAGAUGUUUGCAGGAAGCAUCGGCUGUGUCUAAAUGUCCAGAGACAGGAAAAUCUGCUCUUCAUUCCACUGACCCAGAACCCAAUGUGAUGCCAAGUGAGAUCAGCAGUUCACACAUGUCUCCAAGUGAAAGUCGGACGUCUGUUUCCUCCAGAAAAGCAUAUCUUGUGUCUCGACUCAGCACACAACAAUCCAAGGAAGGUUCUCCGGCACCAACCAAAAUAUCUCAUAUCUCCCAAAUGCAACCUGUUGUUGUCAUCCGAAUACCAAGACUUCCAACGCCAGACAUAGACAACGAGCGCUGGACAACACAUUCAUCUGGAUUCAGCUCAUCUGGUAUCACAACUGAAGAAAACCUGUCACCAGCAGAACUUUCAUCUGCGACAUCCAGUCCAGUGACAGACAACUCUGAAGCCUCAGACACGGUUCCUUCCAAAAUUAUGGCUCCAUUGUCAGAGGAAUCGAUGGACGCGAUGGAUCUUUGUGAAUUCAGUGAGGCGACAGAACCUCAAGGGCAAGUGGAAAGUGAACCGAUCCUCCGGUUGAAUCGACCCAUAAAACAAGAGCUGCAAGCGGUUCAGAUAACUCCUCUGCACAAGAAACUUCAAGUCCCACAACUACACAUGACCAAAGCUCAGUUUCUCGCCCAGCUGGCUGUGGGCCCUACAGGUCAUCUCCAUGAAAAGCCCCUUGCUGAAGCGGAGAACUCCAUUGCAGAAACCCCCACCAGCCGAAAAAGAAAGUCACCGAAUACCUCCUUUGUUGCGAGGCUCCGAAGUCACCUGAAAAGCCAUUUGCAAGAGAAAAGGACAAAAGCCAUCACAGAUUGUGCUUCUGAAACAGAGGCACUUCCUGUGAGUCCAAAGAAAGCUAAACUGGAGAGUGAAGAUGUAACGGAGGUAAACAACGCUCCUGAGCCAGUCAGCCAGAGAAAGUCCAAGGUAACUCAAGAUGUCGCAUCGUCAAAGAGCACAACUCCACAUCAUCUGAAAACCAAGAGCUGUAAAGAGUCCCCACCAGUGAUAAAAUUCACUUGGAGGACUUUGACAUUGUCACAAAAUGCCGAUUCUCAAGACCACAGAAGAGAUUCUGUCUCCAGUGGAAAAGGCAGAUUAAGCAACAGCAGCAUCAUUUCAGAAAAGUCCCACUCUGGAAGUUUCACGAAGAAAACUGAAGAUGGCCCUGAAGGAUGCACUGUCGCCUCUAAAAGGCUCAGCUCAGUCAAAUCUCAAUCUGCUCAGUGUGCUUCAAGAUCGGGGACAAGUCAGUGCAGUUCAUCUAAGGAAAACACUAGUCCGAAAAGGUAUCUGAGCACAAAAGAGGGGGUCAUUCCAAACUGUGAACUGGUAAAUCCGCAAAGAUCCACGAGAGAUAAAUCGCCUCAAAAAUUAAAAUCCUUAUGUACUCAGACUGUUAGUCCCAACAAUGCAACAAGUGUUCCUCAAAAUGCAAAGUUAGACUCUGCAAUUCCAAGACGAACAUCAAACAGAAUGAACAAAGAUGACCAUUUGGCAGAAAUGGCAAAACCCUCAUCACUGAGGUUGAAGAAGUCUCGAUCAUCUAAUGGUUGCAGUGAAACGGAUUCCUCUUGUGCUGAUUCUCGAAAGCCAUCAUUGACUACAGAUGUUUUAAAAACAUCUGCAGCUGGAUCCACAAACACGAGCCCCAAGAAAGUCUCUUUCAGUCAAGUUUUAUCCAAGAUUCAUGAAACUGGUGAAACAACAAAUUUUGAGGCUUAUAAGAAAAACGGUCUUCUGUGGACUAAAGUGACCAAUGAUAAUGAAGUGGCUGAAAAUGUAAAUGAAAAUAAAAGGAAGGCAAAAGUCAGCUUAAAAGUAGCUGUUGCCAAAAAGGCAUCAAAGGCAGAAGCUAAACGGAAAUAUUCAGGCAGAUCAAGAACAAACGCAGAAGAAAAAACAACUGUUGUGGCUCGAAAUCGUCGCCGCACUAUGAAGAAAAAUGAAUUGGCUGAGGAGUGGACGCCACCAAAAGGUUUCAAAACUGAAAGAAAGUCAUUGGAACUGGCAACAACACCACGACAAAAUAAAGCACCUUCUCCACACAACAAAAGUGACGGAGCUUCAAAGGCAUCGCCUUCAGGCGGUUCACAGACACCAAAAGGUGCUAAGCACCAGUGCAUGGAGUGCGGCCGUAUUCUGUGCAGCAAGGUAUCGCUGGAGAGUCACGCCAACCUGCAUAUCGGCCAGCGACCCUACCCCUGUACCGUGUGUAGUAAAACCUUUCCAGAUGCCCGGAGUCUCAAGCGCCAUGAGCGGGUGCACCACAACAAUAGGAGAUAUGUCUGCCUCGAGUGUGGCAAAGGCUUCGUCUACCAGUUUGGCCUCACCAAACACACCAAAAUGGUGCACACCAGAUUCAAACCUUUCGUCUGCCAGAUAUGCAACAAAGCUUUCUUUACAAAGCAAGAAGUGGAGGCCCACAUACGACGCCACACAGGGGAGACACCAUUCCACUGCACUCAGUGUGAUAAGAAGUUCACAAAAAAGGUUGAGCUGAUUGUGCACAUGAGGUGGCACAGUGGCGAGAAGAGACACUGGUGCCCAUAUUGUGGAAAGGGAUUUGUGGAUUAUAAUAAUUUAAAAAGACACAAGUAUAUACACACAGGAGAGAAACCACAAGUGUGCCCUUACUGCCAGAAAAGGUUCACACAGUCGAGCCAUGUGAAGAAGCAUAUCAGAAAUGUUCAUAAAAUGCCCACAAAUGUCUAAGUUGAAUUGCUUUCAUUUGUUCAGGGAGUAUGACUUGCUUAGUGUUGCAUCACAAGUCAUUUGAAGUGUCAGUGGAAAUGAAUCCAUUGCUCUUAAUAGGUCUGUUCAGACUGGAUUUCACAAUUAUUAUUUUUUAAAUUUGUUUUUCUUUCCAAGUUGAUCUUCCUGCCAAGCCAAACAAAUGGGAUUCCAGUUUCACAAUAUAUUGCCUGCAGUGCAGGGUGUUUUUCCUCCAGUUUUUCAUCAUUUGAGUGGUUAUUGUUUACGUAUAAUUCCAUACACCUGGGGGCCAUUUCAAGAAGGCGCUUAACCAACCCAGUUGUCCAACUCUGAACACAAAACUUCGUAAUUCUGGGGUAGCGAUUAGUUUAAUCAACCUGCAGUCGUAGUUCAUGGCCGAUCAGCUUGUGCAUGAGGACAUCAGGUGCCCUCGUCCGUGGAAAUGCUGAUUCCACAAUUCACCAUGGCAGGUUGUUGCACCCCUAACUGAUUGCGCUCACUUCAGGGAUGCCCAACUCAUGUUUGGGAAUUGUGAAUUAUGUCGCCAGCUACUGCCUUAAGUAUUUCCUGAAAGUUAUGUUUAGAAUUAUUUGUCAAUUAUAAAGUAUUGCUAUAGAUUUUUUUGGUUUAGUCACUUUGUUUAUUUUGAAAACAUGGAAUUUUAUUUUAAGAAUGUUUAAAGGUAAAAAUGUUAUUGAACUAUUUUUUGAAAAUGUAUUUCUUUCUAAUGUUUUCUUUCAAUAUCCGUAGGAUAAUGUUGGAUAUGAAGCAUGUUGCAAAAAUA